AUGAGCGACCAAAGUCAAGAUGGCGGGUUCACAUUCGCACUGUACCGCUACACGCCUUCUAUUCCCGCGGCAGUUGUCUUUACCAUUCUAUUCUUCAUAGUAGCAGUCGUCCAGUUGUUCCUGAUUAUAAGGCAUCGCACAUGGUUCUUCGUGCCCUUUUUCGUGGGUCUUCUACUCGAAUUCGCGGGAUACAUCGCCCGUAUAUUCUCACACUUUGAUACCAUGGCCCUCGGCCCGUAUAUUGUACAAACUAUGUUGAUCCUGGUCGCACCGCCGCUGUUCGCCGCUUCGAUUUACAUGACACUUGGACGAAUCAUUGUGAAAUUGGAUGCCGAGGAAUUUUCCAUGGUGCCGGUUCGGUUCUUGACAAAGAUAUUUGUGGUGGGAGACGUUGUCUCAUUUUUGUUACAAGUUGCAGGUGGCGGAUAUAUGGCGGCUGGAACAUUGACUGCGAUGGAUGUUGGUGCGAAUAUCGUUAUCGGUGGUCUCGCAGUCCAACUUCUCUUCUUUGGCUUCUUUGUCAUCGUGGCUGCUAUUUUCCAUUGGCGUGUGAAAAAGAACGAGCAGCAUUGCCGCGCCAUGUCGUAUUGUAACGAAUCGACUGCAAGCUCAUUCCCUGUCGAGACAAAGCUGACUUGGGAAAGUCUGAUGUGGGGUCUCUACAUUGCGUGUCUACUGAUUCUCGUGCGAUCCAUAUUCCGAGUGGUUGAGUUUGUCGAGGGCAACGAUGGGUUCAUCAUGCGCAAGGAAUACCUCCUCUAUAUCUUUGAUGCUUGUCUCAUGACCCUGACAGGAAUUGUGCUGAGUGUAGUAUUCCCCGGCUUCCUAUUAAAGGAUGACAAACCUGAGAGACCAAGUAUGGUUCAGUUGGUAACAAGUGGGGAAGAGUCUUCUCGGUUGAAGACGGACAGUGUUUGA